AUGGAAAAACUCUCAGGCAAAGACAAGGAGCUGAUCCGGGACAGCUGGGAGAGCCUUGGCAAGAACAAGGUCCCGCACGGCAUUGUCAUGUUUACCAGGCUCUUUGAACUGGACCCAGCUCUGCUGAACCUCUUCAAGUACAAAACCAAGUGUGGAGUCGUUCCUGAGUGUCUCUCCAGCCCAGAGUUUCUAGAGCAUGUCACCAAGGUUAUGGUGGUCAUUGAUGCAGCUGUCAAUCAUCUCGAUGAUAUGCAUACUUUGGAAGACUUUUUGUUGAACCUAGGCAGAAAGCAUCAAGCUGUUGGGGUUAAAUCCCAGUCCUUUGCUGUGGUUGGAGAGGCUCUGCUCUACAUGCUGCAGUGCAGUCUGGGAUCUGGCUAUACAGCUGCCCUUCGCCAAGCCUGGCUUAACAUGUACAACAUCGUGGUGGCUGCCAUGUCCAGAGGCUGGGCAAAAAACGGAGAACACAAAUCCAACUGAGCAGUGGUGAUGAAGAUGAUGAAGGCUUUGGGUGGAUCUAUGUGAAAGACUGAUUGAAGUAGUGGCAACACU